AUGGCACCAGUACAGCAGGAAGAAUCUAAAGAACAGCAGUCUGUGGUUGCCAAAGACGCAAACCAACCACAAAAAAAACAUGUUAACAAACAAGAGGAAGAGCUUUCUGAAGAAGAUCAACAAUUGAAAGAAGAGUUGGAACUGACAGUAGAGAAAUUAAAAGAACCAAACCAAUCAGAAGAUCAGUAUGCAAAAUACUUGGAAUCAUUAAAGAGGUCAAUUCAAGACUCCACCACCUCAAUGACUGCCGUACCCAAGCCAUUGAAAUUUUUAAGACCUAGCUAUCCCGAUUUAACUGAAGUGUAUGAUCAAUGGAGUAAAAAGUAUGGUGAAAAGGCUACCAUUGUAUUCAACUUGGCUGAUAUCUUGUCGGUUUUGGCAAUGACCUACUCAAACGAAGACAAAAAGGAUUCAGUAAAAUACAGAUUGUUGUCCAAUACCGAUACUAUUCAAGAUUGGGGUCAUGAGUAUUUACGUCAUUUGGCCUUGGAAAUUGGUGAGUCUUACCAAGAAAACCUUGGUGUAGAUGAAGAAUUGGUGUCCAAAUUAACUCAAUUGGCAUUGAAAAUUGUUCCAUAUUUCUUACACCACAAUGCUGAAGCAGAUGCUGUCGAUUUAUUGUCAGAAAUUGAGUCCAUUGACAAAUUGCCUCAAUUUGUUGAUGACAAUACUUAUGCAAGAGCUUGUCUUUAUGUCACUAGUAUGGUUCCAUAUUUGGCACCACCCGAUGAUCUUUCCUUUUUAAACACUGCUUUCGCUAUAUACUUGUCUCAUGGGCAAUUGACGCAAGCUUUAACUAUAGCAAUUAAAUUGGAUGACAAGGAAUUAAUAGAACAAGUGUUUAACUCAACCAAAGAUGAGUUGGUUCACAAACAGUUGGGUUUUAUCUUAUCGCAACAGCUCAGCAAUUUCAAAUUACCAGAAGAAAACCAAGAAGUUCAAGAGACUAUAAGUAAUGUCAAGUUGAGUGAAUAUUUCCAAUAUUUAAUCAAGGAAUUAAAUCUAUUGGAUCCAAGAGUUCCUGAAGAUGUUUACAAAUCACAUUUGGAGAAUUCAAAAUUUGGAUUGGGAACUUCAGGAUCAAUUGAUUCUGCUAAACAGAAUCUUGCUGCUGCUUUUGUCAAUGCAUUCUUGAAUCUUGGAUUUGGUAAGGAUAAGUUGGUAAAAUCUGAAGAGGACAACAAAUCUUGGAUCUAUAGAACAAAGGGGAAAGGUAUGGUUUCAACUACAGCAUCUUUAGGUUCGCUUCACCAAUGGGAUGUCAAUGAAGGUUUACAAGUGUUGGACAAAUUCACAUAUUCUGAUGAUCCCGAAGUUAAAGCUGGUGCAUUGUUGGGUACUGGUAUCGUAUCAGCAAAUGUUCAUGACGACGUUGAUGCAGCACUCGCAUUGUUACAAGAGUUUGUCAAUGACUCCAACAAAUUGUAUCAAACAGCAGCAAUCAAUGGGUUGGGCAUUGCAUUUGCGGGAUCGGCAAACGAAGAAGUAUUGAAUUUGUUAUUGCCAUUGGUUUCUGAUUUGGAUGCUCCAUUGGAAGUUUCUUGUUUGGCUGCAUUAGCUUUGGGACAUACUUUUGUUGGAACUUGCCAUGGCGAUAUAACUUCAACCAUCUUGCAAACUUUAUUGGAGAGAGAUUUCGCUCAGUUGGCAAAUAAAUUUAUCAAAUUUAUGGCAUUGGGUUUGGGUCUUUUGUACAUGGGCAAAACUGAACAAGUUGAAGAUGUAUUGGAAACUAUUGAUGCUAUUGAACAUCCAAUCAGUAAAACCUUGAAAGUAUUGGUAAACAUUUGUGCUUAUGCUGGUACCGGUAACGUGUUGCAAAUACAAGCAUUGUUGCAAAUGUGUGCUGCUAAACCAAAAGAUCAACUCGAUGAGGAAAAGAAAUUGGAACAAUCCGAAGAAGACCAGCAGAAAACUGAGGAAAAAGAGAAACACAAGAAUGAGGGUGAAGGUGAUGUUGAAAUGGAAGAUGCUAAAGAUGGUAACGAAACUCAAGAAGGUGAGCAGACGGAACCUAAAGCCAAUGCAACUGAGGCAACCGAGAAUGAAAAUAAAGAAGAACCUGACGACGAUGAAGUUGAAGAAGAUGAAGAGUUGUACCAAGGAAUUGCUGUUUUGGGAUUGGCAUGUAUUGCCAUGGGUGAAGAUAUUGGUCAAGAUAUGUCAUUGCGUCAUUUUGGUCAUUUUAUGCAUUAUGGAAACUCAUUAAUACGUAGAGCAGUGCCAUUGGCUAUGGGUUUGGUUUCCGUAUCCAACCCUCAAAUCAAAGUUUUUGAAACUUUAUCAAGAUAUUCACAUGAUCCUGAUUUGGAAGUGGCGCAAAAUUCCAUCUAUGCUAUGGGAUUGGUUGGCGCCGGUACAAACAAUGCGAGAUUGGCCCAAUUAUUGAGACAAUUGGCAUCAUAUUAUAUCAAAUCACCAGACACAUUGUUUAUGGUGAGAAUUGCUCAAGGUUUGUUGCAUUUGGGUAAAGGUACUUUGACAUUAUCCCCAUUCAAUGUUGAAAGAACUGUAUUGUCCAACACAGCAUUGGCUUCAUUGUUGACCAUUUCCGUGGCAUUAUUAGACCCAAGAGCUUUCAUUUUGAAUGAUUCAACGACUGAAACAAGUCAUGAAUUGUUGUACUAUUUAACUCCUGCGGUCAAGCCCAAGAUGUUGGUGACUAUUGAUGAAAACUUGCAACCGUUAAAGGUCAAUGUUAGAGUAGGACAAGCAGUUGAUGUUGUUGGUCAAGCAGGUAAGCCCAAGACCAUCACUGGAUGGGUCACACAAUCGACACCAGUACUAUUAAAUUAUGGUGAACGUGCUGAACUUGAAAAUGACGAAUAUAUAAGUUUGAGCAAUUCGUUAGAGGGCGUUGUCAUAUUGAAAAAGAAUCCCGAGUUUAUGGAUAUAGACAGUUGA